UGAAGCAUGAAAAGCAUUCAUUGUGUCAUUAUGAAGCACGUCCACCACUCGGCUCUCAGUUGCACAGCGGGGCUGUCGUAGAGAGCUUCCUCGUGCUCGUCUCUUUCUUCAUCCCUGCAGUGAAAACUACUUCUCUUCAACCCGAGCCAGGCUGGCAUCCACUGAUCCCGGGAUUAUGGAGUUAUCGCUGAUGUCUGCACAGCAUUUCCCGGCCGUCAGCGGGGCCUUCAUGGAUUCUCCGUACAACGGCAACACGUCCCUGCAGACGUCCACGUCCAACCUCAACGCCGGCUACUCGCGGCCCUCAGAAGCAGAGGAUGAUGGGAAGGUGUCCAGCGACACCAUCUGGUUGUGGAUUGCGGUGCUGGCGACCAUCGGCAACAUCGUGGUGGUGGCCGUGGUCUGCGCCUGCGCCUUCUGACCGGACGGAC